AUGAAGAAUACUACAAAAAUACCAGAAUUUAUUAAAACGAUUCAGGAUGGUGAAGAAGUUGAAGAUUACUCUGAAGAAUCGGAUGAAGAAGUAGAAUAUCAACCAUCAAAACAGAAAGUCAAACGGAAAGCAGAUUUCAAUCUAAAGUUUCAGUUUGUAGCAUCCGUCGAUGAAUAUAAUAAGAAUACAUGGGAUGACCUUCAGAAGUAUGUGAGACGCAAUGUUAAGAGAACCAUCGAUGAAAAGAUAGAGAGGCGAAGAGCUCAAGUUAAGGUGAACGGUAACUCAAACGAUGUAGACACUGACUCUGAAGUUGACCAAAAAGAGAGUGAUGUUGAUGAACUAGAGAUAUCAGAUGAUGAGCUCAAAAAGGAUGAAAUAAAGACAAAAGAACAGAAAAUUACCAAGAAGCAGAAGUUAAAAGACGAGUUGGAAAAUGCAGAAGGUGAACAGGGUGCAAAAAUUGAGUAUGACUCUGACUUCUUUGAAGAACCACCCCCAUAUGAUGAGAAUGCAUCUUUCUACAUGAUGAAUCUGUCCCGACCAAUACUGAAGGCCAUCGGAGCACUGAAUUAUGUACAUCCCACACCAAUUCAAGCUGCCACAAUACCUGUGGCUCUACUGGGGAAGGACGUAUGCGCCUGCGCAGCUACUGGUACGGGUAAAACUGCUGCGUACAUGCUACCGAUCUUGGAGCGGCUCUUGUAUAAGUCAGCCGUGGGCGACAGAGUCACUAGGGUACUUGUUUUGGUGCCUACGAGAGAAUUGGGUGCUCAGGUUCAUACAGUAACGAGACAGCUAUCACAGUUUACAUCCGUCACUGUCGGACUCUCCGUCGGUGGUUUGGACGUCAAAUAUCAAGAAACAGUGCUGAGACGCAAUCCGGACAUAGUGAUAGCGACGCCUGGUCGUCUCAUAGAUCACAUCAGGAACACACCAUCAUUUGGUCUGCAUUCGAUCGAAGUCUUGGUCCUAGAUGAAGCAGACAGGAUGCUGGACGAAUACUUCGCGGAACAGAUGAAGGAGAUCAUACGUCAGUGUUCCCCCAAGCGUCAGACCAUGUUGUUCUCUGCCACCAUGAGUGACGAGGUCAAGGACUUGGCGGCUGUAUCCUUGAAGAAACCUGUCAAGCUGUUCGUUGAUUCUAACAAGGAUGUCGCCUUCAAUCUCAGACAGGAGUUUGUUAGGAUCCGUCGCGAGCGCGAGUCGGACCGCGAGGCGCUGCUGGCGGCGCUGGUGUGCCGCACGUUCCGCGACCGCGCCGUGGUCUUCGUGCAGACCAAGAAACAGGCGCACCGACUCCACGUCGCACUCGGACUCCUCGGAGUUAAAGUAGCGGAGCUGCACGGCGCAUUGAACCAGCCUCAACGGCUGGAUUCUCUGAAGCGGUUCAAGGAGGAGCAGGUGGAUGUACUGGUAGCCACCGACGUGGCCGCCCGGGGACUGGACAUCCCGGGGGUCAAGACUGUGCUCAACUUCACAUUGCCCGCUACACUUGAACAUUAUAUACAUCGGGUGGGCCGCACGGCGCGGGCGGGUCGCGCGGGGGUGUCGGUGUCGCUGGCGGGCGAGGCGGAGCGCGCGCUGGUCAAGGCCAUCGUCAGGCGCGCCAAGCGGGCCGUCAAGUCGCGCCAGGUGCCGCCCGACAUCGUCGCCAAGUACCGCCUCAGGCUCGCGCGACUCGAGCCCGAGAUCUCCGCAAUCCUUGAUGAAGAAUAUGCAGAAAAGCAAAUGAAUAAAAUGGAACGUCAAACCGCCAAAUUGGAAGGAGCCAUAAAGAAAGACGAUGUCCAACAAGGACCCAAAAUAGAACUGCAAAGACAGAGGGAGUGGUUCCAGACGCCCAAAGAGAAGAGGGAAGAGAAAGAGAGGCUUACACUUGCUUUACACCCAGAUAAAGAAAAGAAGAAGGGGGGUAAAGGUAAGAAGCGAAAGCACGAAGACGAUGACUCAGAAGAUGAGAAGAAUAAGAAGAAAAAGAAGCCCAAUAAACAUAAAGCUAAAGACACACCCGAGGAGAGAGUCAACCGAGAGAUGGAGAAGGUGGCGUUGCUGCAGUCCCGUAUGGCCAAACGUACGAAGAAACAACGAAGAAUCCGCGCCGUCGAGGACGAUGACGACAGACCUCGCUUCAACGCGAACAAACAAAACAUAACAAAGAAGAAAAAACAGACCAACUUCGCUAAUGACCUAACAGACACGUCCCGGUCGGCCACUAAGAGACUGAGAUAUGACGCUAACAAAACUCAGAAAGGUAAAGGCAUAGGAGAAAGGCCUGGCAAAAAGCCGACAGGAAAGCCGAGCAAAGGAUUUGGAGGGAAGCCGGGUAAGGGAGGCGGUGGAAAGCCGGGCAAAGGCAAGCCAUCGAAGACGUUCGGAAAGCCUCAGGCCGCAAAAAAUAGCGGUGCUAGAAGGAAAAAUAAAUAA